GUACAUAAAGAUAUUUCAUUCUGAUUUAUAGUUAUUGCAUUUUAUAUUUCAUUAUUUAUUUCUUACUUUAUAUCUUUUUAUUUUUGACUUAUUCUAUAUUCCAGUUGGUGACAGGGGAUGAUAGCUUAGCUAUGCCUGAUGUGAACAUUCGCAUGUUCCCCAAGGGCCAAUAUGACUAUUCCGUGGACUCUUUACGUAUCACCGUGUCGGUCUAUAUCGUCCUGGCGUAUAUGCCUUUCACGGCAGUCCUCCUUACCACGCUGGUCGUUGAAAAAGAACGCAAGAUCAAGGAGGUGAUGAAUAUAAUGGGACUCAAUAAUACAACUUUCUGGUUAUCAUGGAUUAUUAUCUAUAUCGGCAUUGUCCUCAUUGUUGCUAUACUCAUCGCAGGUUUCAGCAAAGCUAUAACGUUAUUGCCUGAUGGGAAUUUCUUCCUGAUUUUUCUUGGGCUCUUCUUUUAUGGCCUCUCAGUGGUGACUAUGUCCUUCAUGUUCUCACCGCUGUUUGAUAAGGCCACCACUGCAGGAGGUGCCGGAAGCUUCUUCAUCAUGAUCUUUGUGAUACCCUACAUCCCUCUAGCACUCCUAGGCCCUGAGACAGUCCCAGUGGCCUUACUCUGGGUCCUGUGUCUCUUCUCUCCUACUGCAAUAGCUUUCUUCAUGGACAGGUGUGUGGCAUUUGAGCAAAUCAAUGGUCUUCAGUUUAGCAACCUCGGAGACGGCUACUUUCCACCCUAUGCUCCUCUUGUGAUGAUCUUUGUGGAUAUCUUCCUUUAUCUGAUCAUGGCCAUCUAUCUGGAGAAUGUUGUUCCUGGAGCGUACGGUCAGAGCAUGUCCCCACUGUUCUUCUUAAAACCAUCCUAUUGGUGUGGCAGGGAAAUCAAGGAUCCUAAUGACCGGACUGGACUUCUAAGUGUCAACGGUCAAGCGGAGGGUGAGCACAACAUCGAGAACGCCUUGGUUGAGCCAGUCCCAGCUGCUCUCAAAGGGAGAAAUGGAAUAAGGAUUCGCAAUGUGAAGAAGACGUUCCAUGGGAAAGGUGGUAAACCAGAUGUCAAAGCAGUGAAUGGUAUUUCAUUGGACAUCUACGAGGGUCAAAUUACAUGUCUUCUUGGCCAUAAUGGAGCUGGCAAGUCUACCCUGAUGAACUGCUUGACUGGUAUGGUCAAGGCCACCGAUGGCCACGCUGUUGCCUACGGACUGGACAUGUUUGACAAGUCUGAUAUGGAGAAGGUCCGUAACAUGACCGGAGUGUGCCUACAGGAGAAUACUCUUAUAGAUCUCCUAACCCCUGAAGAACAUCUCAAGUUCUACGCAGGACUUACAGGGAUUUCAAAGUCACAGAUCCCAGACAAGGUGGAGAAAGCCUUGGAAGAGAUCGACCUCAAGAAUCAGCGAGCGACCUUUGCAAAGGAUCUCAGUGGAGGUCAGAAGCGCAAGCUCUGCGUUGGAAUCGCCAUCAUUGGUAACCCGAAGAUCCUCUUUCUAGAUGAGCCUAGCAGUGGAAUGGACCCAUACUCAAGACGUAAGAUGUGGUCUCUUCUGAAGAAACAAAGAGAAGGAAGAGUGACCCUACUCACCACACACUUUAUGGAUGAAGCUGAUAUAUUAGCAGAUCGGAAAGCAAUCAUCUCUAAAGGACAGUUAAAAUGUUAUGGUUCAUCCUUGUUCCUGAAAAAUAAAUUUGGUGUUGGAUACCGUCUUGGGCUUGUAAAGGAAGGUAGCUGUGAACAAGAUGAGGUCACUGAUGUAAUCCAAACAUACAUCCCUGAGGCCUCUGUCAUACGAUCUCAUGGUAUGGAACUAGCAUACAGUUUACCCCUCAAAGAUGUCUCAUCAUUUGCAGGUAUGUUUAAGAGCUUGGAGGAGAAGUCGGGUGACCCGGCAUUCGGUAUACAGAGCUAUGGUGUUUCCAUGACGACCCUAGAGGAAGUCUUCUUGAAAAUUGGAGAGGAGGCUGAAAUAGAUGAGGCUGAUGCAGCCAAAAGACAAGCUGCUGAACAGACCUCAAAAUUAAAGAAAAAUAAAAUAGCUAUUGAAGCCGCUCAAAUCAAUCUAUCAGCACCCUCUAAUGGAACCUCUAGCCCUGGACCUGUCCCCGAUGUUCCUCCUGGAGCAGUAUCUGGUAUGACAAUGGAAGACUCUGGACCUGGAACAGGUGCUUCAGUAACAGUCAACAUGGAACAGUCUCCACUGGACUCGACCAUCAUGGCAACCCAACCUAUCGUAGUGAAACACAAUGAGCAGCUCAAGAGUCUGAUCUAUAUCGAAGCAAUUCGAGCUGCCAGGAAUCCAGCAACAUACAUCUGUCGAUUGAUCCUGCCCAUAGCAUUGAUGGUCGUCGGUGGUGUCUUGUCCCUCAUUAUCAAGUUCGGUGGAGAUGGACCUAGUGACGCACCUGCUCCCCUGGUUUUCAACCCCUCCAUGUACUUCUCACCUCCUGGAGGAAGCAUGGACAAUGAACAGUCAACAGAUCUCCUGUACCAAAACUCACUGCCAAGUGGUCAAAAUAUUGCUGACCUGGUUGCAGAGUUUGACAAUCUAAACAUUGGAUCUAAUGCAACUGCCAACCUAAGUGCCCUAUAUGAAAAUCGCCCGCAUAACGGCGCCUUUGAUGUCAUGGAUCUUGGUACAACUGGUUCAGCCAGCCAGUUCACAGCCUACUACAAUGACACUGCCCAGCACUCUCUGCCAGUAACCCUGAGCAUCAUGUCUACCGCCCUCCUGAAUCUCUACGGCAAUGAAUCUAUCAUCACAGCUGCAAGCCAUCCCUUCCCCAAACCAGCCAGCAUACCGACUUACACCUUCACCAGUGGUAUCCUCUUCGUCUAUAUCUUUGGAUUGGGAGUUACGUGGGUUCUGAUGGGGUUCCCCGUUGACAGGGUCAAAGAAAGAGAGUCGAAGAUCAAAGCUCAGCUUCGCAUCUCUGGAAUCGACACCCUCUCCUACUGGGGAUCCGUCUUCGUCAUCGAUGUCGCUCAGAUGCUCCUGGUCGUCAUCAUAGGUCUCAUCAUCAUAUUUGCCAUGCAAGUGCCUUCUCUGACAACCGGGGGCGCUGUGUUCUCUCUCAUUGUGACGGUGAUCCUGUAUGUUCCCAAUGCUAUCAUCCAUUCCUACUGCAUCAGUUUUAUAUUUGAUAAAUUUGAGACAGCCCAGGGUUAUGCCUUUGUGAUACUUGUUGAGCUACCAUUGUUCCUCUUUUUACCCACGAUGUUCAUUGACCUGUAUGUCUCAGCGGCUGCUGCUGCUUCAUUUCACCUUGUCAUGUGUGUGGUCUGGCCUGGCUAUGCCAUCUUUGGAGCUCUCUACUUUAUAGACAAGGUUUACCAACUCGCCUCGAUAAGGGGAAUGGCUGAUAGUGUCACCUUUGCAGAUUACUUUGAACCUGAUGCAUACAUCUGGCCAACAAUGCUCAUUUUGCUGUUUGACUUGUUCAUGCUGGUCUUUUUCCUGAGGUUCUGUGAAGUUGUGAAGUCAGGUGGUAGAGUGACAGACACCUGCCCUUGCCUUGUUUCCAAGAAGGUUGGAAUGACCGCGAAAAAUGAUGACGUCAUUCCAGAUGAGGAUAGCGAUGUAAAAGAAGAGAGGAUGAAAGUGGAAGAAAUGUAUGAGUCUGAUCAGGCCUCUGCUGUAGCCAUCUCCGAGCUGAGGAAAGAGUUUGUGAAGAGGACCGGCGAUGCUUGCGGUGGCGACCAGAAGGAGACUACCAAGGUUGCUGUUCGUAACCUGUCUCUGACUGUUCAGACCGGGGAGGUCCUGGGUCUCCUAGGACCCAAUGGUGCAGGCAAGACGACUACCAUGAACGUGGUUACAGCUGAUACAGAGGCUACUACCGGACAGGUUCGUGUCGGAGGUUAUGACGUUUCUUCAGCCUUGAGCGAUGCCUACGCCUCCUUGGGCUACUGUCCUCAGAUAGACCCUCUUUGGGACGACGUCACUAUGAGAGAACAUCUUGAAGGGUUCGCUGGCUUUAAAGGAAUCCAUCCAUCGGAUAGGAAACAAAUCGCUAAUAAUUUUAUGUCUGCUAUUGGAGUAAUGGAGCAUGCAGAUAAAAAGGCAAAGGAAUUAUCUGGAGGAACUAAAAGAAAGCUGUGCUUUGCCCUGAGUAUGCUUGGUAACCCAAAGAUUGUUCUUCUUGAUGAACCCUCUACUGGUAUGGAUCCAAGCUCAAAGAGAUUCCUCUGGAAUGUCAUCACAUCGAGUUUCCUUGAGAAGAAAGGAGCCAUCUUAACAACUCAUUCCAUGGAGGAGGCUGAUGCUGUGUGCUCUAGGGUGGGCAUCAUGAUCCAAGGACAACUCAGAUGUCUUGGGACAACCCAGCAUCUGAAGGACAAGUACGGCGGGGGCUACAUCCUGGAGAUCAAACUUAACCCUGGUGUCCAGUACUACACCAGUGACCAGACCACUACGGCCAUCUUGGACAUCCUGGACGAGAAGAUGGACGUUCUUCACAAGCAGGUCCUUCUCCUUAUCCCCGAUGCGGAAGUCACCGAGAGCUUCGCCGAGCGCAUCACUUACAAGAUCCCCCGGGAUAGCAACAUCACGCUCUCUACCGUCUUUGCUUUCUUAGAGCAAGGUAAACAAGAUUAUGGAAUUGAAGAAUACAGCUUCAGUCAGACCACAUUAGAGCAGGUGUUCAUUGAGUUUGCAAAGACACAGGUAGACAGUCCAGAUGAGGAGGCAGAGAUGAUGUCCGUUACACAGGAGAAUGAAUGCAAUGGAAGAACCGGCAGCAGACACAGUGUCCGACAUCAACCCAAACCACAGAUAUCGGUCAAUAUGGAUGUUUAAUCCCGCCCUUCCCCCUCCUCUCACUUGAACCCCUCCCCCACAUUUAUUCAGCUGCCAAAGAAGCUCUUGGUUACAAGAACCGUUUUUAUUAAUUGUUUUGAAAAUGUGAUCUAUAAUUAUUGUGAUAUGAGAGGCUAAAACUCUCCCACUUAAAUUGACAGUUGUUGUACUUGUUGCACAAAUGUUUUUAUUUGUAUGAUGAAUAUAUAUAUUUUUAUGAUUAAUAUAUUGUAAUACUUGAGGAGCUUUAAAUGUAGAUUAAUAUGUUAUGCUGUUGAUUAUUAAAAAAAGUGUUGAUUGGGACUCUUGAGAUGUAUUUGAAUGGCCAAAUCGUCAUGAAGAAUAUUAUCACCCUACUGAUAUUUAAGCAAUUGAAUGUACUGAAUACCCAAAUUCGAGGGCCAAACAAAGAUUAUUUAAGCAGAGCUUUCACCAUGAUAGUCGAUGGUGAUGUAAUUCUGUUACUUACGUCAAAUACCACAACAUCAUGAGUGUAAGAAGAAAAGGUUUGGAGAGACAGAGUUUGGGUGUUACAGCAGUCAUAUUUUCCUCGAAUUAAAUGGUAACAGGUAAGGCAAGAUACAAAACUAGCACAUAACCCUUUAAACAUGUUGGUAAUAUGAUUACACCAAUUCCCCAUGUGCAAUUGACUAUAUCAUUUUCUCUGAUGAUUGCUAUCUGACCAAAUUUUGUGCAAUGAUAACUUCAGUUUCUGUCACUAAUACUUGGGAAGAUUAAUUGCUGUUUGUCUCGCCUGAACGAAGUUCAGUAGAGACCUAGUAAUCACUUUUCCGGUUGGUCUGUUAGUCCGUUAGUCUGUUAAAAAAUGUUAAGGUUUUUGUUAAACUUGCUCUCAUUUCUUUAUUUCUGCAUCAAUUAUGUUGACACUAGGUACGUAUGAUCCUAGGGUAAUACCACAUGUGUGUACGUGAGGAUGAUAAGGUAAACAGAUCAUAUUGCAUAUUUUAUCGAUCGCGAUAUCAGGCAAGGCUCGUGGUUCGUGAACCACCUUGUUUUUUCCAUAAAUUUCCUGAAUUACGUAGAAUAUAAAUCAAUGCUUGGUUUCAAUGUUCAAAGGUAUAUUGUCUACAUUGUAUUACUAUGACAAACCUUUUAUUCUUUUUUAUUUUGAAUUAAAAUCUGUGGUUUCACUUUUCAGGGGAUUCCCUGUCUAAACGUUGAAA